CUUCCGGCCUGGGCGUGCCGUGCUGGUGCGGGCUUUGUCGGCGGCCGGGGCUCUGAGUGGCCCGGGGCGUGCUGUCGAUGCUGGGCGCCGGGUGAGUGGGGCGUCGCGGCUCGGCCGGCGGGUAGUCCGUCGGCCUCCCGGGACCUGUGCUUCGCCCUGGCGGGCGCCCGAGCUCCUCGCCCCGGCCCAAGCCGGUCCUGUGCCCGCCCAGCUUCGAGCGAUUCUGCUGUAGGAGCUGGUGACAAGAAGGUGACUGAAGCCUGAAUUCUUCAAGAUGAAAAUCCAUAUAAGAUGAUGUCAGACAGACUCACAGUGAUGGAGCCUUCUGCCCCUGAAUCUGGGGAAUUUCAUGAGGACAGAUUAGUGCAGCUAUUGGAGAACCCAGAACAGCAGAGCCUGGAGAGCCUCCCCUCUCAGGAGGGGGGCUUCAAGCAGGUGACAGUGACCCACUGGAAAAUUCAAACAGGAGAAGCAGCCCAGGUGUGUAGUAAGUCAGGAAGAAACCCUAUUUUGAACUCAAACCUUCUUAUACUUCAGAGAGAGCUUAUAGAAGGGGAGUCGCAUCCUUGUGGUAUUGGUGGCAAAAGCUUCCCAUUUAAUUCAGACCUAGUUACACAUCAAAUUUCUCACACUGGGGAGAAGCCUUACAAAUGUGAUCAUUGUGGGAAAGGCUUCAGUCAAACCUCACUCCUCACUGAGCAUCAGAGAAUCCACACUGGGGACAGACUUUAUGUGUGCAGUGUGUGUGGGAAGGAUUUCAUUCACUAUGCAAAUCUAAUUGAGCAUCAGCAUGUUCAUACAGGAGAAAAGCCGUUCAAGUGUGUACAGUGUGGGAAAGCAUUUUGUCAUAGCUCAGACCUGCUUCGGCAUCAGAGGGUUCAUACCAGAGAGAGGCCUUUUGAAUGCAAAGAAUGUGGGAAAGGCUUCAGUCAGAGCUCCUUACUCAUCCGCCAUCAAAGAAUUCACACAGGAGAAAGACCCUAUGAGUGUAAUGAGUGUGGGAAAUCCUUCAUUCGGAGCUCAAGCCUUAUUCGGCAUUACCAGAUCCACACGGAAGUAAAACAGUAUGAAUGCAGAGACUGUGGGAAAGCCUUCCGACACCGCUCAGACCUCAUUGAGCACCAGAGAAUUCACACUGGAGAGAGACCCUUUGAGUGCCAUGAGUGUGGGAAGGCCUUUAUUCGGAGUUCAAAGCUCAUUCAGCAUCAGAGAAUUCAUACUGGAGAACGGCCCUAUGUGUGUAAUGAAUGUGGGAAGCGUUUUAGCCAGACAUCCAACUUUACUCAACAUCAAAGAAUCCAUACUGGGGAGAAACUCUAUGAGUGUAAUGAAUGUGGGAAAGCCUUCUUUCUGAGUUCAUACCUGAUACGACACCAGAAAAUCCACACUGGUGAACGGGUCUAUGAAUGUAAAGAAUGUGGGAAGGCUUUUCUGCAGAAAGCCCACCUCACUGAGCAUCAGAAGAUCCACACCGGAGAUAGACCCUUUGAAUGCAAAGACUGUGGAAAAGCCUUCAUCCAAAGCUCCAAGCUGCUUCUGCACCAGAUUGUCCACACUGGAGAGAAGCCAUAUGUGUGUAGUUACUGUGGCAAAGGCUUUAUACAGAGGUCAAACUUCCUCCAGCACCAGAAGAUGCACACUGAAGAGAAGCACCAUGAGUACAGUCAGCAAGAUCUUACUCCACCCCCAGACCUUGUCCACCAGGAAAGUCUUUCCCCGAGUGAGACCUCCAUGCGUUUAGACCCUAACUCGAAGGGGGCACGUGACAUUCACAUCCCUUAGCCUGAACUCAAUCACCUGGCCACAGAAGCUCAAAACAAGGCAGAGGACUGGGGGCUACUGUGGGCUACAGCUUGCCAGUGAAGCAGAAGGCGCUGGUGGAAGACGAGACCAAGGGGAGCAGGCAGAGUCACUGGAGGAAAUACUGCAUGCCACAGAAAAUGUUCAUUCUAAUCGAACUAAGCAUUCUCUAAGACAGCAUCUCACUAUGUAGUGUAGUCGGCCUUGAACUCACUAUCUUGCUGUAGCCUACAAAGUACUGGGAUUACACCACCUCAUCCUAUACUUUUAUUUGCUAAAUCUGCCAAUCGCGAAGUUCCAUUUUAUACAAUUGAUUGCAGAAGGCAGUCCAAGAAGUCUGUGAGGCACAUUCCAGACAGCAGAAUGUUCCCAGAUGCUGAGAUGCACAACUUAGAGGGUAUGUUGGAGUUACAGAGGUCCUGUGGGCAGUUAGAGGCCUUGAGAGGCACCAGGCGGCUCUGAGCAGAAGAGUGACAAUCAGACACUAGGUGGGUCUGAGCAGAAGAGUGAUGAUCCUUUGUUGAUGAGCUGUAGGGUGCUGGGACCAGGUAGCAGAAAUACCAAGUGGCCACACACCCCAAGCACUCCCCAGCCAGUGACAGAUGUGAGUAGGAAGGGGUCCUGGUAUAGGGAAGGGGAGCCACUUCUCUCCUAGUGCCUGGCAGUUCCUGGUUGACAGAAGGGACAUUUCUUCUGCAGGCACCUCUCUGAACGGGCAAAGUAAGUGGCCCUUUGCUCCGGAGGUUAGUUGUGGUGGCACUUCACGUGGGCCUGGUGAGCAUCUCUGAAAACUCCUGCACUGCUCCCACAGCUAGCUUCCUGCCUCAGCCAACAGGCAGACACUCCCUGUGGCUAUGUGCUCACUCAGGUAUGCUCCCAGUUCAGGUUGGUGGCCUGUGACCUGGGGCAGGAGUCAGUGCUUGUAAGCAGUCACUGAUCUCCAGUGAGCAGGUUCUGCCUCCUCCCCUCCAAAAGCUUUGUGAGUUAUGUCAGAAUCAAGCAGACGUGCUUGUGUCUCUACAAUGUCAGAAUUUACUAAAUAACAACAGGCUCAAAAUAUGUCAGCUUUUAAAUUUAUUAUUUU